GGGUCCGCAGUAUUCUUAUUUUAAAAGUUAUAUUCCUGGUUCAGAAAAGGUGUAAGCGUUUACGAACGAGCGAAAGGUUAAUUUUCGAUAAUAUUCGUUUUUGUUUUUUUACUACAAAUCGUUUUAACCAGUGUCAGAGCUAGCGUUUCCUUCUUCAAAAUGUCAUUUCAAAGGCCAUUUCUAGUUUCCAUGAAGCGACCCGAUUCCCAACAAGCGUGGGGGUUCCGGGUCGUGGGAGGAAGAAAUCAAGAUCAUCCUGUGAUGAUACUCAAGGUAGUUCCAGCUAGUAUAGCUGAGCAAGCAGGAUUGUAUAAGGGCGAUGAAGUGAUACAGGUGGGACGUGACAAUGUUCAAGAUAUGACACAUGACGAAGUCCAGGAUGUUAUCCGGAAAUGUGGAAACCGAUUAGAAAUGGUCGUAGUAAGGAUUGAGAACAAACCAAGUACUCCAGGUCCGCUUUCUUCUCCUGUGAUCCAGAGAUCUGUGGUACUACAGGCCUUGCUAGAAGAGGAAUCAAAAGGAAGGCAUUAUAUGGACAGCCCACAAACUCCCCCAGCACAAAAAAAGCAGCCACCGUCACCUCCCCCUAAGCCAAAACCUCCAAUUCGUGGUCAAAUCUUACAGCCACCACAAGACCCAACAAAGUCUCCAUCUUUCUACUCCUAUAUUUCCGAACAACCUACAAUUACGUCAUCGUCAUGCGCAUCUCAAAGCAUUAUUUAUUCUGAUCAGUACACUCAUCAGGAAAAUAGCAGAACAUCUACCUAUCAGCAACAAAAACAGUAUUACCAAAUGAUACAGCCCCGUUCUCCCGUUAUUACUACUAACGAGUCACAUCAGUGGAAUCCAUUAUCAUCAGCAUUUGAUUACCAUCAACAAAAAAGUGUCACGCAUACAAGUGAUCAAGAAAAGUCUGCGCCACCUGUACCUCCUCGUCUUUCUCAGUCAACAUAUCAGAAAACGAUAACAAGAGAUCAGAUUUCAUACGCAAACUCAACGGAAGCGAGCGUUGAACAUAAGUAUAACCAACCAGUCAUAAGUCUAACUAGUACACGUAAAACACAAUCGUCAUAUCAACACCCAACUAGUAUUCCAGCCUCUAUCCAAGCUUUUCACUCAACUUCUCAGCAACCAACACCUGCACAACCUAGUUAUCAAGAGCCAAACACUGUUACCAAAGUUGAUUAUCAAUCUUACCAGCCACAAACCUCUGCACGUAUUCAACCAGAUUAUCCGAAAACAAACACUCUCUCGGCUACUAAAAAUGUUACUCAGCUAGAAAUACAUGCAUAUGGUCAACCUAAUUAUACACAACCAACUACUACCAAUGUAAACCACACAGCUUAUGAAAAACUAACACAAGUACCCAUAUCCACAGCUACAGUUUUCACUGAAACGAAAGGUAUUCCACCAUCCCCUACAACUGAACGUGUUCAACGGAACUAUCAAGGAAUAGUUCAACAGACCUCGUCUCCAGAACACCUCCAGAGACGACAUUAUUUCUCACAACAAAUUCAAGAACAAAACCGUCCACAAAGUCAAACGUCUAUGACCAGAAUGUCACCCAGUCCAUCUGCAUCACCAUCUUUGUCUCGUAGGUUGAGAACUGCUGAAGGGAUCUGGCCACCCAAGAAUCCUACUUCAAAACAACUACCGAGAAUAGGGUUCCCGUCUGGCUGGACGAAAGAAAGUAGCCAUGGGAAAAAAACGACCUGGCCACCCAUAAAACCUGGAGAAUCUGAUGAUGAAUCUGGUGGUCGUAUUACACCAACCAUCACUCCUCGGUCUGGCGCUAUCGUGCAUGCCUGGAAUCCUCGUCCUUCGACUCCCCCUUGUCGCACUCCUCCAUUUGCUGGAGGAUCUCCCUUGUUGGGGCGUCGGAACAAGGAUAUUGCUUGGCCACCUCGGUUCACCGAAAAGCAAAAUACCAAGAAGUCCACUUCUAAGCCUUUAAGGAAGGCUCAUAGUUUUGAAGAAUACGUUGUUCAACAUGCUAGUGUUACUGUUCCUCCUACAUAUCGUCCACCCCCUCAUGUUGACCAUAUGCAACCUACCAACACAUAGGUUUUCACCAUAAAUGAGGGAGACUACAAGAGACUUUAAUCCCUCAGAAACAACCCUAGAUAUCAAAAUAAAGGUAAUAUCCAAUGUCUAAAAAUUUGAGAAUAAAUGCGAGUGUGGCAUUAGGUUAUAUUUCUAGCAUGAAGUACUUGAUAACUUAGUUUUUAAAUAAUUUUAAUUACUAUAAAAAGUGACGUCGAUAAGCUGUAUUCGAAAUUCGCUUGGUGGAUUGCACCGAGAGAGGGAGAAAUAUAUAUAUGUGGAUAUGCUCUAGUUAGGUUAAAAUACAAUUUAAGUUAAUGAAAUUUGACUUUAAACUGAGAAAUUCUAAUCAUGUAGUAACUUAAAAAGGCAUUAAAGGUAAAUAUGAUGAAUGGCACAUAUAACUCUGACAGGCUAGUACGUAAGAUGUCGUUGUAUAUUAGAUUUUUUCUACCAUAGUGUUCCUGUUUUAUACAAUAAACCUAGAUCACAGUUACGCAAACAUGUAUAUAUGCAUAGAAUAUUUAUUGCGCCUGACUUUUGAUUGGAACUUAAGAUCAACGUUGCUUUGGUGCAUAAUUUAUAUUCAGAAUGUUUUUAGUUUUGUGAUGAAUGAAAGUUUUUCUAUACACAAAUGGGUGAGUAUGCUUAUCCUAUUGUAAAUCCAUGUGCGAGUGCACUAAAUUAUCGUAAUUUUUGUUUCACCUUACUGUUUUUACAAAAGAUAAAUCCGAUGCAUUUACAGUUACAGAGUAAAAAAUUAUGAGUAAAAUAUGAACUUCAUUUCU